UCAGACACACCAUCUUUGAAUCUUCACUACUUUUGUUCUGUCAUAUUCAACGAUUUUGUCUUCUUUUUAAUAUAUUUUUUUACCCUAUUCAAUACUCGUCAACUACACACACACACACCACUAAUACAUUUAUUCAUCUCUGUAUAUAUAUUGGUGCUACUACUUCUCUCAAACUUAUUGCAUUCAAUUCCUAAUUCCUCUUUUUAGUGGUCUUCUCUAGACAAGAAGACAUAUAACAAAGACUUGACCUUUUUAAAAGUCUUUUCUUGGUGUUGAUACUCUGCAAUCUUGAGGGGAUUUGUAUAUUGGGAGCAAACCAACUUGAAGAAGAGAUCGUGUUCUUUUUAUAUUUGUUGGUUUUGUCAUGGGCCUUUCUCUUUCCUUGCUCUUGUCUGCUUGGAAAGAAGUCGUGACGACCCAGUUCUUCAGUUUCAAGAACCCUGUCGAGAGUUUUCUUGGAACCAGAUCUUUUAGCUUUAAGUUGAAAGAAGGAGUCUUGAAUUCAAGAACCAACAGUUUCAAGAGUGAGAAGGUAUCUGAAAAGACCGGUAUGGAGCGGUCAUUGAGCUUUAACAGCUGGGAGAUUCCAACAGAAGUCGAGGCUGUACAGAUGGACAAGGCUGAUGAGGAGAUUGUCGAAACGAAGAAGCCUGCUCGUAACAGUUUAAACGGAAGAAAUUGCGAGAGAAUCCAGAUUACAAAACCUACGAUUACUCCCCCUACGCCUUUUGUGUUCUUCUCCCCUAGACCUGUCACAGAGCUUGAUGCAGCUGCAACUACGUUACAGAAGGUGUACAAGAGUUACAGAACAAGAAGGAACCUAGCAGAUUGUGCUGUUGUGGUUGAGGAGCUUUGGUGGAAGACUCUGGAUGCUGCAGCUCUGAACUUGAGCUCGGUUUCAUUCUUUGGAGAAGAGAAACAUGAAACCGCUGUUUCGAAGUGGGCAAGAGCUAGAACACGAGCUGCUAAGGUUGGCAAAGGAUUGUCAAAAGAUGAAAAAGCUCAGAAGUUAGCUCUUCAGCAUUGGCUUGAAGCUAUUGACCCACGGCAUCGUUAUGGCCACAACUUGCACUUCUAUUAUGAUGUCUGGUCAGCAAGCAUGAGCGCACAACCAUUCUUCUACUGGUUGGACAUUGGCGAUGGAAAAGAUGUGAAUCUUGAACACCACCCGAGAAGUGUUCUGCAGAAACAGUGCAUAAAAUAUCUUGGACCGCUGGAAAGAGAAGCAUAUGAAGUGAUAGUAGAAGAUGGGAAACUAGUGAAUAAACAAAGCAUGACUCUGAUCAAUUCAACAGAGGAAUCAAAGUCGAUUUUUGUACUUAGCACCACUAGAACCUUAUACGUAGGGCAGAAGAAGAAAGGUCGUUUCCAACACUCCAGUUUCUUGUCUGGAGGUGCCACAACUGCUGCAGGGAGAUUGGUCGCCCGCGAUGGGAUCCUCGAGGCUAUAUGGCCAUACAGUGGACACUACCUCCCAACAGAAGACAACUUCAAGGAAUUCAUAAGUUUCCUGGAAGAGAACAAUGUUGACCUCACCAAUGUCAAGAGAUGCUCUGUGAACGAGGAAUAUUCGUCAUUCAGUUCCAAUGGCUACGAAGAAGAAGAAUCAAAAGGAGAGGAAGCAGAGAAUAAACCAGUAGAAACCAUCACUACAGAGGAACCACAAGAAGAGAAAGAGAUAGAAAGACCGGUCUUUGGGCUUGCAAAGAGACUGUCCUGCAAAUGGAAUAGUGGGGUUGGUCCAAGAAUCGGGUGUGUCAGAGAUUAUCCAAUGGAGCUUCAGUCACAAGCGUUCGAACAAGUCAGUUUGUCUCCUCGGAUUACGCCUGGUUCUGCACGUUUUCCAUCGCCUUACGGUCCAAUUCCUUCGCCAAGGCCUAGUCCUAGAGUAAGAGUCUCUCCACGCUUAGCAUACAUGGGAAUCCCAAGCCCUAGAGUGCAAGUAAACUGUUAGGGCCUUUUGCUCUUUAACUUAAUUCACCAAGAAGUUAAAAAUGUUAUGACCUUUAAGCUAGUGAGAUGUGAGAAGAAAGGUUCAUCACUCUCUCAUCUUUGUUCUUUAAUUCAAUGUCACAUAUUUUUUUUUUGUCCCUUUUUUUUAUGGGUGCAUUGUAACUUCUGGUUUAGGUGACUCCCAUAGGCUGUAAAUUCAUUUGGUAAACUUUUUGUACUAGUGUUGGAUUUUGAACUUUGAAUAAAAUUUUGUAUUAAUAUU